CGCAUGCGCAGUGUAGGUGAACAAGUAACGAGAGCUCGUGUAAACCCGACUCUGUUCGUCCACUUUUCGUACAUCUUCGUCAUCGCUUCGGAACGUUCCGGCUCCGUCUCGGAUCUUGUCGAUCGUGAAUUAAGGCUGUAUUCGUCCCCUUCGUUCUCUGUGUUGUUGUCCUCGGUGACGCGACGGAGGUGUAGCCUGACGCGGUCUCUUACGUGUCGGACUAAAUAAAAGUGGAGCUCCGGAGGCCUGGGAGUGACGAGGCGAGUCUGUGUCGGGCUAUCUUAAUGAAGAUGGAGACAGGAGCAGAUGUCCAGCAGGGUGGCGACACUGCAGUCUCAGAGACAGACACUCAGCAGAUUGCUACUUUAGCACAGGUUUCCAUGGCAGCCGGACAGGCUUCAGGUACUGGGCCCACAGUUACCUUUGUGCAGCUGCCUAAUGGGCAAACAGUACAAGUUCAUGGGGUCAUUCAGGCAGCCCAGCCCUCUGUCAUACAGUCCCCUCAAGUGCAAACAGUACAAAUUUCUACCAUUGCUGAGAGUGAUGAUUCACAAGAGUCAGUGGACAGUGUGACGGAUUCCCAGAAAAGGAGAGAGAUCCUGUCCAGACGGCCCUCAUACAGAAAGAUCCUGAAUGACCUGUCAUCAGAUUCUCCAGCAGUCCCGCGAAUAGAAGAGGAGAAAUCAGAAGAGGAUUCUGCCCCAGCCAUAACAACAGUUACCGUGCCAACGCCUAUCUACCAAACAAGUAGUGGGCAGUACAUUGCUAUCACUCAGGGUGGGGCGAUCCAGUUAGCCAAUAAUGGAACAGAUGGAGUACAAGGGCUGCAGACCCUGACCAUGACCAACGCAGCAGGAGCUCAGCCCGGCACCACCAUACUGCAGUAUGCACAAACCAGUGACGGCCAGCAGAUACUAGUGCCCAGCAAUCAAGUGGUUGUGCAAGCGGCCUCAGGAGACGUUCAAGCAUAUCAGAUCCGCACUGCUUCCAGCACCAUCGCACCAGGAGUGGUCAUGGCCUCCUCUCCUGCUCUGCCUAGUCAGGGAGGAACUGAGGAAGUCACACGUAAGAGGGAGGUUCGUCUUAUGAAGAACAGGGAGGCAGCACGGGAAUGUCGCAGGAAAAAGAAAGAAUAUGUUAAAUGUCUGGAAAACAGAGUGGCUGUGUUGGAGAAUCAGAACAAAACACUCAUCGAGGAGCUCAAAGCGCUUAAGGACCUUUAUUGUCACAAAUCUGAAUAAUUACUCUCAUUUAUGCGCUGAACUGUUUUCUUCUGGUGCCUCAAGAGAUAGAGACUCUUAACAUACCAUAGGCAUCCACAGCAUCUCUAUUUCUCUUUCAUUUUUUUUAUUAUUUUUUUUAUAUUAUUGUCUGUAAAAAUCAGUUAUCAGGAAUACAUUGUAAGUUUGUAAGUGUAAACUUUUUAUUUUCCAUUUUCUCUUCAAGAUAAUGAGAGUUGGUUUCUCUAAGAAAAGAAAAGAUGAUUUGCAAGGUACAGUUUGGUUACCAACAAGUUGCCCUACUUAAGGUGCAUUCUAAAACAUAUAAAAGCACCUUUCAGCUGCAGCCGUGACAGGAAAUUAAUGUUUGUGUGGGUUUUUUUCAUGGAAACAGCUCAGGGUGCUGCUUCUGAGACCUGCUCCUGUCAUUCUGAGGCUUUGAAAGACUUUCCCACAGUGCACCAGUUGUUUUUGGUGCCGCCUGCAAGCAUGAUUAAAGAGGGAUGAAUUUUUCACUUUUGCAGCAUGGGUCUUUAACGAUUGAGAUUAAAUCAACUGUGCCCACUCCUGUUGCUUUACUGCUUUUGUUACUAACACAGAUAUGCUUUUUUGUUUUGUUUUUUUUAUGUUAUGACGAAAACAUGCAGAUAAAUAUAUAUGCCUUUGUUAUGACUUGGGAUUGAUAUACAAUGCGCCAUUGUCUACUUUUUUAAAGCAGUGUUGCUUUUGUUACAAAAUUAAGUGAUAAAUGGAAAAACCUGGACACCUUUGUUAACAAAAAAAAAAAAAGUGGGUCCUUUCAAAAUAUGAAAUGAUAACGUUUAAAAUGUUGUAAAGCAAAUUAAAUAUUCUAUGUGAUUUUCAGUGAGCAUUGAUAGUCUAGCAUAAGAAAAUCAUUUUUAAACUUGUAAGUGUGCUUAUAUUGUAAUAUAUUGAAAUUUCUUUCAAUCUUCUAUGCCAGAUUUUACAAGUGUUUCUGGUGCCAUCUUCACUGAUCAGAGACAAGUUGUUUUCCCUUAUAAUAAUUAAAUAAGUUUUUUGAUAUAUAUAUAUAUAUACUAAUCUAGGAUCAGUGUAAGAGGUUAUUGUUUUUUUUUUUUUUUUUUUU